AUGAAGAUACACUGUCUUCGGACUUCAUAUUCGAGUCAAGUAACAUCCUGUGAUUCUCUUUGUCAUUACGUCAUCUAG